GUCUAUAGAGGCGUGCCAUAUUUAUUUAUACAUUGAAUUGGCUCAUUGUCACGGGACAAGAUGGGCAAGUAUAUAAUUGCAUUCAUGUUCAUUGGGCUUGCUACAGCAUUUUAUUUUUACACGCCCGUACCAGACGAUCUUGAGAACCCAUGGCGUUUCAGAUUAGGUCACAUCGCUUUGAGAGUAUUGCACAGUUUAUUAUAUUUCAGUACGAAAUAUUCUGACGGUACAUUGGCAUUGAGAGUGUCUCGCAUUUUGCCACACCCUCCAGAUGGAGACCAUCAUUCAGUAAUGGUAACCAGCACAGAAUUUGACGGAGUCCCUGUCAAAUUGUUUCAACCUCAGCUGAGAGUGCCUGUGCAAGACCAGGUUUUGCCAGCCAUUGUCUAUUUUCAUGGAGGAGGUUUUGUUUUUGGAAAUCCAGAAUUCACAUUUGGAAUUACAAAACGCAUGUGCGAGGAGUUGCAAGCUGUUGUUGCGUCUGUAGAUUAUCGUUUAGCACCAGAGCAUAAGUUUCCAGCGGCGUUUGAAGACGCAUUAAAGGUGACAAAAUGGUUUCUUCUCAACGCGAAACAGUACAACGUGAACGCCAGCAAAGUGGCGGUAGCUGGGGAUAGUGCAGGGGGAUUGUUGAGCGCUGCUGUCAGUCAAUUUAUCAAAGACGAUACCACAGUACCAGAUCUAUUAUUUCAGGGAUUGAUUUAUCCCUCCACUCAGCAAAUCGAUUUACAGUUACCUAGUGCCCAGCAAUACCACUCUAUAUUUGGAAAUAAAGGUGUAUUAUGUAGACAUGAUAUAGCUAUGUUUAUAGGAUUGUAUAUUUUUGGGGAAUUUAGACAGGAUUACUACGACGCUUACCUGAAUUGUAACUUAACAUCACGGGAGUUUAGAGAGACUUCACACCUAAUGCAGUAUAUUGAUCAUGACGUCAUAUUGAAGUCCGAUUUUCAAACUCGUUAUUACAUCAAACCGCAGUCCGAUCCAGACAACCGUCAUCUUUGGGAAGAGAUAAAGGAUAUUGUAUUGGAUGUGCGCAUGUCACCAUUGCUAAGGGUUGACAUGAGGGGUCUGCCUCCGGCAUGGGUUGCAACAUGUGAGUACGAUCCAAUUCGUGAUGAUGGCAUAUUGUAUGCUAAUCGGCUGCAAAAAGCAGGGGUACCUGUUAAAUUAACGAACUAUGAGGGCGGUUUCCAUGGCGUAUGGCUAUCAGAUGUUGGAUUGCAGGUGUAUGAACAAAUGAUGAAUGACUUCCUUGUCUUUGCUAAAGAGUAUAUAAACCAUGAAUAGAGAUGUGGCGGCGCCAGCUGGAGGUCAGGUGGUAACUUCUCUACCUCAUCGGACAAGCAAGAACCCCCGUAGUAUUAAUUUGCCGAUCCAAACAACGUUAUUUUAAUUGCUAAUAAAUACUAUUAAUUGUGGUCUAAAUCCAAAAAGUUGGGUCAUAUAAAAUAUAAAAUCUGUCUAACCAUUUUCUGAUUUGUUGGACAGCUGUCGGCAAAUAUUUUGAACCACCACUGGACUAAAAGAGUUAUUUCUAAUAACGUCUAUAAAAAUUUGAUUUAAUUUAAAAUUUUAACUUUUACUUUAAGUAUGCCUAAUUAUUGUUAAUCUGAAAUUGAAAAACAUUCAUUAACCUUUUAAAAUGAGAUUAGCGCGUUUUGAGUGCAAUGCUUGCAAACGUUUGCUGAACAUUUUUUAGCUACCAAUCAAUGCGACUAUGCCAAUCAUUGCAAUAAUAUUUUAAGCAAUCAAAACAUUUUUCUUUCUUUAAAAAAAAAAUAGGCUCUAUUGGAUAAUUGUUAGAUUGACAAAAACUUAGUGUAUGGGCCUAAUUGCCGUUUCAUGAACAAAAUAUGCACGAUUCAAAAUUUGAUUUGGAGUAUGAAACGAAGAGUUGUAAGCCCUAUUGUAACAUCUUGAUAAUUUGCAAAUUUUCGCAUUAUUUUUUACUAUGAUUUUAAUUGUACGCUGCUUUGACUUUUUGCCCAUUUGCAAGACACUUUUGAUUUCAAACAAUAGGGGGCAACAACGCUGCGUCGUGUUUUAACCAGCGACUAGCUGAAUUUGUCAACAUUUACAAUUAUUGUGUUGCAAAGUUAAUGACAUGUUUACCAAAGAUGUAAAUAGUGUAGUGCGAUUAACGCAUAUUUUGUCCGCUGUCGAAAUAAAUUUAGACACACUCCCUCUUUUUAUUACAAUAUUUCGGGUAAUAUCCUAAUAUUUUAUGCCCAUAAAAUCUGAUUAAUUUUAUAAUUUUCAUAAUGAUGUCAUCAAUAUAUAUAGUUAUUAAUGAAUUAUAACGUUUUAGUAUUUCUUUUUUUUUUUAUUGGAUAUAAUAAACAAAUAUAAACGUAUUUGUUGAUGACGAAUAGGAAUAUGCUUUAUAAUUGCACUCGUAUUUGGAUUUAGUAGAAUAAAUAUUAUGAACAUUGUAAUUAAAUCAAAUUCGUCUAGCAAAAGAUCGUCUAAAGUCUCAACAAAAUGAAAUUUGUUAGUUUGCUCUCACUGACGAAAUCUCGUGUAAAGUCUUACAGUAUAUAUCUUUCGCAAAAAUAUCACAUAAGAUUUUCACACUCCGCACAACAACCCCCAUCCCCAUACAUACUUCACAUUCACCACCUCUUUAACCUUAUCCCCUUUACCCUGAAUCCACCAUAACGCCCCGUCCCCACAUGAAGCUCGGCAUAAGG